AUGUCCCCCUCUCACGAAACCUCUGCUAGAUCGGAAGUCCCAGCUCGGGGUUGGAUAUCGAACUUGGCUUCCCGGAUCAAGCAGAUACGGACGCGAUCUCAGGAGAGAGGUGAUAGUCGGCAUCUCGUAGUUCGCCAAAGAGCAGCGUUACGCAGUGCCAGUGAUAAGCAAGAUCGAGGUUCACAGUCUGUGCGAAGUGGGGAUACUUCCGGUGCUCAGAGGCUCCCUGAGCAGGAAAAUCUCAGCUUGUGGGCAAGGGCAGAACAAAAGCUGAAGUCGGCGAAACCGGAUGUGUACGCUGAAUUUGAAAAGCUCAAAUCGACCCAGUCCAACGACUUCCCCGAUGCAUUUUCAAGAGCCGAAGAUUUCACGGAACAAUUGAAAUCCGAGUUUCAAGAUACAGAGCGAAAGCUUUCUCCCGACCAGUCAAAAGUUCGCCGCAAUCUGCUCAAGGCAGCAAGCCUCAUUGUUUCUGUGAAAGAUGUCCUAACUGCUUCUGCACGUUUCGAUCCAACUCGUGCUAGUUCGGCGGUGCUGGCUGGCUUUACUUCACUACUAAACGUCAUUCUCAAGAAGGACGACUUGGAUCAUACCAUGUCUCUCGCUGUGCGAGAUAUCUGCUCAAAGUUAUUGUUCUGGGCAAACGAAGAGUUAAAGGUACUGCAAAGGAAGCAAAUAUACAGUACCGAGCAGCAAACAAGGGCUGAGAACUCUCUGACAGAACUCUAUGCCACGGUUAUGGAGUUCCAAGUCAUGGUGACUUUGUACGUGCGAAGCAAUGAACUGGUACAAGUUUUCAAAUCCACAUACAAAAUCACGGAUAUCACCAGAGCCAAGAAAGAAGUUGAUAUAAUACAUGAGGAAUGCAAAAACUCCUUUGCUACCAUUAGCUCUGAUGAUGCUUUCUUCGAAAAAAACGGAGAAGUGCUCGAAUGGAUCUCAGGCGAGAAUCCUCAUGAGGUUCACAGGGAAGUCAGGAAUAGGACCAAAGUUAAUGCUCUGUAUGCAUUUUGCGGAGAGUGGUUACUUCUCUCGAAAGAAUUCAAACAAUGGAACGACUCGGAAGGGAUGCAAAUAUUUUGGCUGUGCAGCACAGCUGGAACCGGAAAGUCAACACUAUGCUGCAGAGUUAACGAGUGGCAUGAAGAGCGAUCAGCCCUUUUCGAAGGAACCAAUAUGGCCCGUGUCUACUGCUCUAGCAUGGGAAGAACCCAAGCCGCGAACGCCUCCUCCGUUCUGCAUUCCAUAAUGCGCCAACUUGCUGAAAUUAAGGGCCAGAGGCAUUUGGCCCCACCGGUCCAGAGCUUAUAUAACAAUCGCGCCCUCGACCGUUCAAGUACUGCUAAUUUGUCCGACCAGGAGAUCGAGGAGCUCCUCAAAGACAUCUUUGCCGGGGGAGAAGACACUCGCAUAGUAAUAGAUGCCCUGGACGAGUGUGCAGACUGGAAAAAGCUGCUCAGAAUCUUACGAGAUGCAGGUAAAAGUCAUCCUAGGAAACUGAAAAUUUUCUGCACCAGCCGUUUUGGGGUUCAAGUGGAGACUUACUUUGAAGGCUGCACUACGAAAUUCUUAACAUCAGAGUUAACCGAAAAUGACAUGCGACAGUUUGUUCACAGCGAAAUCUUCUUCCGAGAGGAACCUGAUCGACUUUUAGAAGGCAAGCACCAGGAUCUUGAAGAAAGGUUAGAGUCUGUGCUGUUGAGGAGAGCUGGUGGCAUGUUCAAAUGGGUCGAGUUGCAGCUUUCUCUUUUCUUUUGUGACGGAGUCGAUAAAGCGCCGCCAAAGAACCGCCGAGAUGUUGAAGAAAUGCUUCUUGCCAUUGAGACGGACUCGACCGAGGGCGAUAAACUUCUCUAUGACACCUAUCGCCAGAUCUUGAAACGGAACCUGAGCCACCCUCACGCCAGGGCGGAUGCGACCAGGAUGUUCAGGCUAAUGCUCUGCUCAUUCGAAAGACUAACCAUGUCCAUGAUCUUGGAAGCUGUUCGAGUGAAUAAGCCCGAGGAUAUAGAUUGCGACUCUGGAAACAUCAACACAGACGUCAACCUGAACUACCUCCGAAGUAUAUCUUACAAUUUUGUCAAGGAAAAUUCAGAAGGCUACGUCCAAUUCGCCCAUAUGUCAGCAGUUGACUUUCUUAAGCAUGCCGACGAACCAAUGCAAACCAUGACAUUCACAGACCUCGAUUGCCACACGACCAUGAUGUAUCACUGUCUGUACUUCCUUCGGUGCCUGCCAGGCUGCAAUGUCAGAACUCCUGAUGAAGUGUCUCCGAAAAUUGGACUUAGUAGAGGGGCUUUUUUUUCGGCCUUUCGCAGUUACUUUCUGAGUUACGCGUACCGAUACUGGGCACGGCAUUGCGCUGUUGUUAUUCGGCUCUCCGACAAGGUCAACACUGACGCGGUGAAUAUGGUUGCAGAUGUGUUGAGCGAUGAAAAUUGGGUUGAUGCUAUUAGGCUGUGGUAUGAUGUGCUCUAUAUUCCGGGCCAAGGGCGUCCCCCCUGGUACCUAUUGGACCCCAAAGAACUCGCUCUCUACCUUGAUCCUGAUCCUGGGAUAUUUAUUGCGGCCUGUUAUGGUCUACCGAAACUAGCUGCCGCAUUGGUCAACAACACAACAGGCAAGGGUGAACUCCCACUAAGCCGGAAGAACCAUGUUGGUCAAACUCCCUUGGAAACAGCCAUAUGCCCAGGAAUUAAUUUGGGCCUCACUAAUAGGGGAUUGCCGAAGCAAGUUUGGCCAACUUUCGGAGCUCGGUCCGGAGAAGAUGAUGGCUACGUGGAACUUGUCAAGAUAUUGAUCGCAGAUCUGGCUGUCCGACGCAAAGAAUCUCUUUUCGCAGACGAGCGGCCUUUCCAUAUGAUUGCAUGCUCCCACCAGAAUGAGACUGAUGCGGCGAAAUCCACUCGAAUCAACUUGUUUGAACUCUUUCUCCGGCAUAAUUUCGAUAUCGAUGCAGUGGAUGUUGACUACGGCGCACCUUUGCAGGUCGCUCUUCUGGAGGGUGACAAGACAAUGACGCUAUGGCUUCUUCAGCAUAAGGCGGAUCCUCAGAAACCAGGUCGGUGUGGCCCUACCCCCUUUGAAUCUGCACUUCAAAAGGGAAGAACAGAAUCCGUGCUGACCCUUCUCGAAUAUGGAUGUGCGUUCCAAAUUGGUGCGGAUAGGAAAACAAUCUGGCACUGCGUUGUGCAACAUACGUUCGAUCAGGCACUCGCCAAUACCCUUUGGGAAAAAUUCCGCGGUCAAUCUAACGCGCAGGAUGACAGGGGGGUGACGCCGGUCAUGAUGUCCGUGUGGAAGAACAAAGCAGGCUGGACUAACUAUUUACUGUCACUGAAUCCAGGGCUCGAUCGACCACUAAACGGUCAUAUAUCGCUCGCACAUCUCGCUGCAGCACGUCCAUGCCCCUCUGUGGGGUGGUCACGUCUCUCUGCGAUGGAGUGGGCAAUUCUGAGCAGGGCUUUGGUCAACAUUGAUGCAAAGGACGAAGAAGGCGUCACGCCCCUGAUGGUUUCAGCGGCUCGCACUGAUCUUGCCGGAGUGCUUUGUCUGCUCCAAUUGGGAACUCACCCCCCCCAGACGGACCGGCACGGUCGGACGGCGCUGCACUAUGCAUUGAUGUCUGUGGUACCAACGAAAAAGGGGCAAUAUUACCAUUAUUUGAACGUGAACAAGAGCACUCUAAAACGAACCGUCAAUAUCCUCCUCAAUGCUGGUGUCAAUCCAAAUCAAAAUGACCUUGAAGGAAUAUCCGGGGUCAUGCUUGCAUCACUCUUGCCAGAUCGGGACCUUUUCGACAGUCUGCAGGAUCAGGAAGUGCCUAGAGCAGACCACACAGGAAGUGUCCGCCGGAGUGAGAGGAAUCAAGACUCGACUUUUGAGAUCUUUGGCAACAGUCGAGCACAGUCCGUUAACCGUGAAAUGGUAUCGAAGUUACGGCAGGACUUCUACCAGCUGGUGGCGCGAUAUUCUCUGGUACUUGGCUCCGAGAACCAGGACGAUGAUCAGUUUUUCGAACCAGGAUUUAUUGAAUACUACCCCGAGGAGCUAGAGAAACUAGAUUCAUAUCUUGCAAAUGUGCGGCAUCAAUUUUACGGUCGACGAGACCUUUGA